AGGAAGAAAAAAAAAUAUCUGAGUAGAAAAUAGAAAAGAGAGAAGGUAGGAUGCAAGCACAGUGAGAGGAGAAAGGGGGAGAAAAAAGACGUUCGGGAAGAGAGAGGAGUAACCAAUGAAGUACUGAUUUGUGAGCUAAAACAGGGACAUGAACGGAGGAGGAUGGUGCGGAGAGACGCGGCGCUUGGAAAAAUAAAGCAAGAGCGAACAUUUAUUCACUUCCACGCUUCCUGUCUGCUCCCACGCGGCGUUACGGUGCCACGAGAGGGUCGUCAGUGAACUCACCCCUCUCUACCUUCUCAGCGCAUUUCUGCAGCACGUCGCGGAGCGCGGCUCAGACUCGUCCUGCGUGCGGGGCGCACCACACGGCACAAGCAAACACCCAGCCGGGCUUCUCACGCAGCCUCCGAGUCCGCGGACGGGCAGCCGUAGUUAGAAGCGCUUAAAGAGAGGGUGGUGGGGGGCAAAGGGCCAUGGAGAGCGCCGCGAACAGCAGCAUCUGCCGGAACUUCACCGACAACGGCAGCUUCGCGGAGAUGCGAUGCGGCGGCGACGGGAGCGGAGACGACGGUGUGUCCCGGAGCCUGGACGGAGACGCCAACCCCGUCAUCAUCGCUAUCAUAAUCACCGCUGUUUACUCCAUAGUUUGCAUGGUGGGGCUGGUGGGAAACGUGCUGGUCAUGUACAUCAUUGUAAGGUGCAGAUUUUGCCUCCUGUCUUCUGGAGCUCCUGUGUUGAAGUGAGGCUCAGUGCUCCUGUCUUCAAAUUCAAACAGUACACUAAGAUGAAGACAGCCACCAACAUCUACAUCUUCAGCCUGGCCCUGGCGGACGCCUUGGUCACCAGCACGCUUCCCUUCCAGAGCGUCAACUACCUGAUGGGCACCUGGCCGUUCGGGGACAUUCUGUGCAAGAUGGUGAUGUCCAUCGACUACUACAACAUGUUCAUCUCCAUCUUCACUCUCACCACCAUGAGCAUCGACCGCUACAUCGCCGUGUGCCACCCAGUCAAGGCGCUGGACUUCAGGACACCGCGAAACGCCAAGAUCGUCAACGUCUGCAACUGGAUUCUCUCCUCGGCCAUCGGGCUCCCGGUGACGUUCCUGGCCUCCACUGUCACCAAUGCCAACAUUGUCGACUGUAAGCUAGACUUUCCCAGCCCUGCAUGGUACUGGGAAACCUUAAUGAAGAUCUGCGUGUUCAUCUUUGCCUUCAUCAUGCCCAUCCUCAUCAUCACCGUCUGCUACGGGCUCAUGAUCCUGCGGCUCAAGAGCGUCCGAAUGCUGUCGGGCUCCCAGGAAAAGGACAGGAAUCUUCGAAGAAUCACCCGCAUGGUCCUGGUGGUGGUCGCCGUCUUCAUCAUCUGCUGGACCCCGAUCCACGUCUUCGUCAUCAUCUCGGCUCUGAUCAACAUCCCCAGCUCCACCCUGCAGACCAUCACCUGGCACUUCUGCAUCGCCCUGGGCUACACCAACAGUAGUCUGAACCCCGUUCUUUACGGCUACCUGGACGAGAACUUCAAGCGUUGCUUCCGUGAGUUCUGCACCCCGAGCGCUUCGGUGCUGGAGAUGCCGAACUCAUCCAGAACCGGAGCCACCAGCCGCAAGGUCCCCAGGCGUGAGCACAACGGCACAAACACGAGCGAGAGAUCCAAUCAGCAGGUAUGACUAGCCUUGGAGGGGUCGUCGGUGGACUCCCGCUGUUGCGGAGGAGCUGCCAACGACGAUCUCAACUCUGAAGUCACGCAGGUCACCACAGGGCUAUAAUUAGUGCUCGGAAACCACACAAGCAAAGCCUCAAAACACAGAAACGCGGCCGACACGGAAGAGCACAGAUCACCUUCGCCGCUCCCCGCUUUCUUUCUUCUGUACCUCUGCUGGAAGCCGGGUUGUAAACCUGCAACUUCGUGCUUUGUGAUUCAAAACAAACAAUUCCCUCUUUAAAGAAACGAGACAGUUGGGAGGAAAAAAAAACAAAAAAAUUCAAGCAUCAUUAAAAGAAGCUAACUUUUCUAGUUUGAGAAGGACUGUACGCUUUAUAGGUAGAAAUAUUCUCCGGUAACAAGUCAAAAGGACUGAUUGAUAAAACCACUUUUACAGCCUGGUAAUAUGGUUCUUUCUGCCUUAUUAAUCCUAACCUCCGGCCCCUCGCUCUCAGCUUAUCUGUAACGCUUUAUGGUGAGCUAACAAAUCAAUUGUUUGCCUUUUGUUCGUUGGCCUUCAUGCCACUUUUCCUCCACAUGUUCUUUUGAGGAUGGAUUUGUCGGAAAGAAAGGGUUUGUGUUUGUCACUGCUGGAAGACUGCGUGGUAUUUUGGCCUUCGAAGAGACUUCACUGAAUGGAAGGUGAAAUUUGAAACGAUUUCCCUCCGCUGAGCUUUUCAGAAUGCCUUUGUACGGCUGCGGCGGGUGGUGGGUGGGUGGCCCACCUGAACAGUUAACACCGACCGCUCAGCCCGUUGCCGUACAGCAGUCAUCCCAUUUCCUCACCUCAGAUUUCACCGAGGUGGACGAAUGGAAACGCGGACCUGAGAAUUGUACGCUCUCCUUCUAAGGAACUGGAGGGAUUUCUGAAUGUCCAUAAAGGGAACCAGUCGUGUUUGCCGCAGUGGAUCAUUGUGCCAAAUCCAUGCACCAAACCAGCAAGAGGACGCGUCUGUCUGUGCAGCCUGCACAGCCUGCCAUUUUAGUGCAAACAGGUGUCUGAGCAGCUACAGCUUUUAUAUGAAGGAACUUAAAGGCGAGCCAAAGCAGGAGCGUACAGCACAUUGUGUUAUUUCUAUGUAAAUAUGCUUGUGCCGACAUGUCGUGUAUCUGCAUGUAAAAAUGCCUUGUUCAGUCGCUCUGCUCGAUAUUCUCCAAACCAUAAUUUUUUUUUUUAUACAAAGCUCUGUGAAAGAGGAAAGUCUUUCUAGAUGUAAACUAGCGUAAGUGUUCGUCUGCUUAAAUAGAUGUGGUGAAUGCAAAGUCAUAAAAAUUAUCGUCACCAAAUGGAGAUUUGCUUUUGUUGUUUUUGUUGGUUUUUUUUAAUCAGGCGUGUUGGUAACUGCAAAUGUUUCCUAGCCGAUGUUGCAAUGUGACAAACCUUCUGCUUUGAGUAAAAUGCGUUGCUGACGUCACUCUGCGCAGAUAAUUGGUUAAUUUUUACUUGCACAAUUUUUCAGCCAUCUGUAAAAAAUUAAAAUAAAAAAAUUAAUAAAUAAAUAAAAUGUCAAUUGUCAUUUCUCGCAGAUGGCUGAAAACGUGACGGCUGCCACCAUCUACAUAAUCCAUAAACUGUAUGUUUAGCACUUUUUUAAGAUAGGGAUUAUGAAUUUUGCUAACAUGAUUCCAGAGCCAUUAUGCAACGUGGAGAUGUUUGUUUUGCAAAAACAUAACAACAGAUUGGGACGAGACUUUGUGGUUGAAGCGAAAGGCAAAAAAUUAAAUAUGAUCUAUCAGGAAAUCUACAUUUUUAUAUAAAAUGAUAUAACUCAUGAAUAUCUAAAUCUCUCUGGAGGAUUAUUAUGCAAAUCAGUGCGAGAAGCUCACAGCUCUGAUUGAUGGCUCUUCAGAGAAAUGUAACCUUACUGUCAGACAGCUUGAUGCCUCUAAGCCCAAAAGAAUGUUCUUGGUUAGUUUUCAGCAGCUUUCAUCUGCACUUUUCUUAAACCCAGAGUCUAAAAACCCGACUGCUCAAUUUGAAUUGACAGUGUUUAACUUCCUGUUCUGGGUUUUGCUUCUCAUUGGGUUCAAUUAUGGAAGAAACAACAUCCAGACAUGAGACAAAGAGAGAAAAUGGAGAGCUGUGCCUCAGAGUACAUUUAUAAAUGCCUUUUAUUUCAGCCACACUAUGAGAAUGUAAAGACGACAAUAUAAACUGAAGAAAUAAUGAUUGAGAUCUUGUGGAAAGACAGCAACAACAACAAAAAACGAGAGAAAAAUUGUUUACAUUUUUUUUAAAUGAGUAAAAAUAUGACGGCUUACUUCAAUUUUUGUUCUUGUCUAAACUGUUGUCAAAGGGAGAGAUUUAAAAUCCAUUUCUCACUUUAACUUUGAACAAAAUUCAGACAGUUGUGUUUCAAUGAUUUAAGAUGAUUUUUUUUUAAUUGGACUAAGAAAUACAACAUUUGAAAGACGCGUGGGAAUCUCCCUGUAGCUGAAAAACAUCAGUUGUUAGCAUGUUGGGUUAAAGCCUGACUCUCCAUCCCACAUAGAUUACAAACAUAUUUUAGUUUUCAUAAAAGGCUUACGUUAUUAUUUUUGUUAGAAGGCAGACAAAACCUCCACUUAGUUUUUCUCCCUUAUUUUAUUUGUUUGCUUUUGGAUCAUGUUUCUUCGUGACUUAAGAAGAAAGUUAGGAGAUAUAUUGGGGAUAAAAUUAAGCAUUUAAGUUUUUUUUUUUUUUCCCCUUAAAGUCUCCAUAAAGUCUUCUUGUUUCAAACAAAACAAAACGUGUCCUUCAGCAUUUCUUUUCAUGCCAAACUAACUUUCAAAAAGCAUUUUUCAAACAGUAUUUUAAUUCAGUUUUCCUGUUCAUUCCCUCCAACAUGUCAUGCUUCAGAAGAAGACAUUUUGUCAAUAUCUACCUUUGUAGUUUGUUUGUUUUUUUGUCUAAAAUAGAAAGACUUUACUCAAUAAAACUGAUAUUUAACAAGUAAAGAACUCAGACUUUAGUUAGACAUUAAAUUGCAUUCAUAACAAAAUAUGUUGAUACUUUAUAUGAGCAGCUUGAAAAGAGAUUUUCUUUUCUCCGAGGGACGCAGGUGGAGCAUAAGUGAAACGAGGACCCUCGAGGCAAAACAUGCGGCUUUCAUGAGGCCAAUACAUGCCUUUUGAGCAAUUAACCAGUGAAAUGUCCCGCUUUUUAGGACGUAAUUUAGAUGAUUUACUAAAAGACAUAAACAACAAUAUAACAAUAAUGAAAUAAUCAAGACGAUUCUCUGUGAUUGCCGCUCACGAACACAAAGCUACAGAUUACCGUUACAGGCCUGCUGCUUUCUGUGAAUAGUCUUAAAAUAUAACAUUGUUCCUAAAUUACACAGACCUGAAGCUCGAAAGGCAGCAGAAGCUGCACGGCAAGGAAAACAACAUAACAAUAUUGCAUUUGCAUUUAUUCCUGGCACAAGGACAGACGAUGACUGUUCAUUUCUGAGCCAUUUCAUCUGCGACGCAUCAUGACUUUUGCUGUGUUGUCGUAAAUAACUCGUCCCGUGACUUGUUCCGCGCCAUGUGAUCCGGUUUUGAAGCUGCAUGUAAUCUGCUGUCCAGACGCUGGUGUCUCAUUAAUGGAGGCCAUUCUAAGACGCUUUGCUAAUAUUAUUAUGGAAAAGAAGAGCAACUAUAAAUGUCACUGAAUGUCUGUCUUUUCUUGCUCCUGAAUAAAAACGAUCAGCUGCUCUGA